UUUCUAUUCCAAGAUUUGUCUGUCUUUUAAUUUAAUAUUUUAUGAAAACUGAUAUUCCUUUCAAUGCAUAACCUUUCAUAAUGAAAAUUUGAUGUUGAGAUAGGUGGUCAUGGCAUUCUGUGUGAAUUUCCUUUCAUUUUAUAUAUAUAUGUAUUCAUAUAAUAGACUCUGAAAGAUUAACAUGGCCCUAUAUAACUUUAUACCCUACUGUAAUUACAAAUGCUUAUUAGUUUAUUAUUAGCCCUAUGGAUUAAUUAGAGAAAAAAAAUAUAUAUUUGUAUUUCUGCCCUUAAGGAUUGAUGAGAGCCACUGGAACUGGCUACUGGUCAGUUAUUACAAAAUCACAUUCCUUUUGUUUGAAGUAAAUGUAGAAAUUUAAAUGAAUAACACAAAAAACUUUUGAGAUUUAUUUUAGAGUAAACCUAUUGAGAUUUACUUAAUCACUGCUGAACUUCUUGCAUAUAAAGCACUUAAAAUUGGGGUGAUAAUACCUAGAAAUAAGUAUUUCAUGAAGAUAUGAAAUUUUAUACUUAGAAUUGCCAGUGACAAACAAUUUUGAAAUGAAGUAGAAGAUGGCAUUUGCUUCUUGAGAACACUGGAUUUAAUUACUUCUGUAGCCACAUCGACUGGAUGCUUUGUCACUCAGAAUUACACUGUAGAGUGAGUUAGUAAAAGGACAGCCAACACGGGAGUGUGCCAGAGAAGAGGAGGCACCACCUGAAUUCAGGAGGAUCCCAAGUCUCGAGUAACCGAACUUUCAUCUGCUAUGCUUCAGUUGUAGCCAGUAGACACGGAGUGAGUUGCCAUGUAGAUAGAGCACAGUAUGUGGUACCUGGACAGUAGUAGUGGAUAAAGCUAAGAUGGGGACCAAUUACUGAGAACAGUACCGAGUAGAAAUUUUGUUGUAAUGCAUGCUUCCGCAGUAGUCAGAUGCAGAGUCACUCCGAUUGUCAAGAAUACUGUCGCCAUUAGAAUCUUAAUCAUGUUCCCUAGUAAGAAGCAACUUUUAAUCCACAGAACAGAAUAUCAGACCUUCUCAAAUUUGUGACUCGAGUUGGGUAGGACAGUCCAUAGAUCCUGGAUUUCAGACUCCAGUCCUGUGCCCUGGAAAUUCACUUCUGCUCCCCUGCUGGAUCAUCCCUACAGCUGAGCUCAGAGAUUCAUAUAUGAGCCGCAUGCUUCUUUUAAAAGUGCAAGUUGUGAAAGAUGCCUAUUGAGCUUUGCUGCUAGUUGGGGGUCUUUCACAGUGUUCCUUCUUGGAUCCUGUUUCCAAAGACUCUUAGAAAUGUAUCCACCAUCAUGACUAGCUGAAAACUUCUGAAAUUCUAAGAAUGAGAGUAUGGGGAUGAGGAUCAAACCCAAAAGUUUGAGUUAGCAGAUCAGGCUAGACUAGAUGAAUUCGGAGGACUAACCGAACCUCUGCCUACAUAACUCCUGAGCACCUUGGAGCAGUCACAUCACUCCUAUAAAUUUGUAAAUAAUGCACUAACGCCAGAUAUUAUAUUCUUUUUUCAGAGCAGUUUAAAUCAUGGAGAAGCAAAGCAUGCAAACAGAGGCCCCUCACCCAGGAACACACUUGCCAGCUGGGUAUGCCCCUCAGUAUCCACCGGGAGCAUUCCAAGGACCUCCAGAACAGAAUGGCUACCCCACACCCCAGUAUGGCUACCAAGGACCCCAGGGUCCUUACCCAGGGCCCCAGGGUCCCUAUGCAGGGCCUCAAGCUGGCUACCCAGCCCCACCAGGAGGUUAUGCAGGUGCUGGCCCAAGUGGCUUUCCAGUCCAAAAUCAGCCAGCGUACAAUCAUCCAGGUGGGCCUGGAGGGACCCCAUGGAUGCCAGCACCACCUCCUCCACUGAAUUGUCCUCCUGGGUUGGAGUACUUAACUCAGAUAGAUCAGAUUCUGGUUCAUCAGCAAAUUGAACUUCUGGAAGUCUUAACAGGCUUUGAAACGAAUAACAAAUAUGAAAUCAAGAACAGCCUUGGGCAGAGAGUUUACUUUGCAGUGGAAGAUACUAACUGCUGUACUCGAAACUGCUGUGGAGCAGCAAGACCUUUCACCUUGAGGAUCCUGGAUAAUCUGGGCCGAGAAGUCAUGACUCUGGAGAGACCCCUGAGAUGCAGUAGCUGUUGCUUCCCUUGCUGCCUCCAGGAGAUAGAAAUCCAGGCUCCUCCUGGUGUGCCAGUAGGUUAUGUGACUCAAACCUGGCACCCUUGUCUGCCAAAGUUCACUCUCCAAAACGAGAAGAAGCAGGAUGUUCUAAAAGUUGUUGGUCCUUGUGUUGUGUGCAGCUGCUGUUCAGACAUUGACUUUGAGCUCAAAUCUCUAGAUGAAGGAUCUGUAGUUGGCAAAAUUUCCAAGCAGUGGUCUGGUUUAGUGAGAGAGGCCUUCACGGAUGCAGAUAACUUUGGAAUCCAGUUUCCCCUAGACCUUGAUGUGAAGAUGAAGGCUGUGAUGCUUGGAGCGUGUUUCCUCAUAGAUUUCAUGUUUUUUGAAAAAACUGGAAACGAGGAACAAAGAGCAGGAGUAUGGUAGAAGUUUCUUGAGAUUCCUCAAGAGAUUGAAGGACUACAUUCUGAUGGAUACUGUCUAAAAGGAGCACACAUGGCUUUUUGUCUUUUCUGAAAUAACUGUAUCAAUUAACCUAUGAUGCCUAUACCUCCCAUUGUACAAUUGUGCUUUCAAAUUAUAAUUUAUUUUCUAUACUUCUGUCAUAUAUUUGGUUUUAUACAUUCUUAAAGUGUUCACUGUGAAUUGGUGAGAAAAUAUAUGCAUUUUUACACAUAGAA